UCUUCCUGUUGCUGAAAAGGUGAAUGACAUGUUCGUGUGAUCCGGUCCAACUCCUUACUUUUAUUCGAAUAUCGAUUGCUUCCUCCUUGCAAUCACAAUUCCCUUUGUUUGAGAGUGAGAGAGAGUCUCGACCAGCGAUGACCCUCUCGGUGGCGAGGCAGCGGCGGCCGCGCGCGGAGGAUCAAGGCGCUUCGUCGUCAUCUUCUUCUGCGUCGGAUCGGUACUGGAAGGAGGAGAAGGAGAAGGAACGGGCGGGCGUGGGGUGGUUUCUUCCGUCGCUUCUCCUUGGCUUUCUUCGCCAUAUGAGUGCAUCUUCCGAUAUCAUCCACGACUGCGAGUCUGCGACGAGGUCUUCAAUAACUGGGAACCCCUCCCUCCAUCACCUCCUCUACAUAUCUGGAUUUCAGACCUGGGAGUACAGAUUUCUCUAUCCAAUAUAUCCACUUAUCUGCAUCGCAGCAACUGUUGACAUUGAUAGUUUCCCAGGUCUUUUCCGCGACAAGUAUGCAGUGGAAGACUCAUUGAUUGUUAUGAUUGCGAAGGGACUAAGACCCAUUUUUCUUGGCAUUAUAUUGUGUGCAUCCCAUAGCCGUACGUUCUCUAUACUUAAUGGGUACUCUGCGCCUUUGGAAAUAUAUAAACAUUUAGACCAUCACGAUGUUAUUGGAAAUGCUUAGAGAUAUCAAACACUGCACCUUCUUUGUGGAACUAGAUUUACGAAGGCCAUAUCCAGCUCGAGGAAGCGACUUAUCGACAUGGGAGACAGUUGCAGCCAUACCCUUCCUGGAUAGAGAGCUAUCCCCUACUAUGUUUCGAUCAUUCUUCAUCCCCUAUAAAUGGACCCAACAGAACACUUUUGGAUUGUACAAGUUGCUAAAGAAAAUACCCAAGAGCGUCGAGGGGCAUACUUAGCAUGGGAAGAUUCAGUUUGGUACACAGGUAUCAACCACACUGCAGUAAUUUUAUUCACAACCAAACCUAAGACUUAACUUUACUCAUCUUUCGCCAUUGCCUCGAAUUCUUACUGCCUGUUGCUCUGUUAUUGUAGGUUUAGGAUUCUUUGAUGGUUUAAUUAAGUAUUCUAGCUUUCGACA